UUGCCUGUUGCCACACUCCCCUUUCCUUCUGCCAUCGGCCGACAACCUUAAACCACACUGAUGAUCAUUUAAAAGAAUUCCGACCGCCGGUCUCCGAUAACCAUUAUUACCCGUAGACCACCACUCACCGGAGGCAAAUGAAUCGCCGGCGACCCCUAUUGACCAUUUUCUUCGUCAUCCACCUCCUAUCCUUCUCUCAAUCCCUAAAUUCUUUCCCUUUUCAUAAAAAAGUCCACGAAAUCAAAGGACCCAUCAAAACCCUAGUCGUUUUAGUCAUGGAAAACCGUUCAUUUGAUCACAUAUUGGGUUGGAUCAAGAAAACCCGACCCGACAUCGACGGGCUCACCGGCAAAGAGUACAAUCACGUCAAAGCCUCCGACCCUACGUCUGAUAAAGUCUACGUUUCCGACGACGCUGUUUUUGUAGACUCCGACCCGGGUCACUCGAUCCAAGCCAUCCGCGAACAGAUAUUCGGGUCGAACGAGACAUACUCCAAACCCGCCCCGAUGAAGGGGUUCGUUCAGCAAGCAAAUACGAUGGGUGUUGAUGGGUUGGAUCGAACCGUCAUGAGUGGGUUCAAAUCGGAGCUUUUACCGAUUUACACCGAGUUAGCAAACGAGUUCGCCGUGUUCGACCGGUGGUUCGCGUCUGUUCCCGCGUCGACUCAGCCGAAUCGGCUCUACGUCCACUCUGCAACCUCUCAUGGCGCUUCAAGUAAUGUAAGGAAAGAUCUCAUCAAUGGCUUCCCCCAGAAAACCAUCUUCGAUUCAUUAGACGAAAACGAUCUCACAUUUGGGAUUUAUUAUCAAAACAUUCCUGCAACUCUCUUCUUCCAAAGCUUGAGGAAACUCAAAUUCAUCACUAAGUUUCAUGAGUAUGAUUUGAAGUUUAAGUAUCAUGCUAAAAAGGGUAAGUUGCCUAAUUACGUGGUGGUGGAGCAGCGGUACUUUGAUGUGAAUCUUUUUCCGGCGAACGAUGACCAUCCGUCGCACGAUGUGGCGGUGGGGCAGGCGUUUGUUAAGGAGGUUUAUGAGAUAUUGAGGGCUAGUCCUCAAUGGAAUGAAAUGGCUUUAUUGAUUACUUAUGAUGAGCAUGGUGGGUUCUAUGAUCAUGUGGCUACACCUGUUGAUGAUGUUCCUAACCCUGAUGGGAUCAUUGGUCCUGAACCAUAUUACUUCUGGUUCGAUAGAUUGGGGGUUCGGGUCCCUACUUUCUUGAUUUCACCUUGGAUUGAUAAGGGCACAGUGAUCCAUGAACCGAGCGGACCAACUUUGUAUUCGCAGUUUGAACAUUCUUCUCUUCCGGCAACCAUAAAGAAGCUUUUCAAUCUCGACUCCAACUUCUUGACCAAACGGGAUGCAUGGGCUGGGACCUUUGAGAGUUACUUCAACCUUCGUGAUGUACCACGUGAUGAUUGUCCAGAACAACUUCCCGAAAUCAAGUUUUCAUUGAGGCCAAGAGGACCGAAAGAAGAACUGAGGCUCACCGAGUUCCAAAUCGAACUAAUUCAGCUUGCGUCCCAGCUUAACGGUGACCACAUCCUGAACACCUACCCUGAUAUCGGGAAAUACAUGACCGUUGGUGAAGCUCACCAAUACGCACACGAUGCAAUCGCACGGUUUUUGGAGGCCGGAAGAGCCGCCCUGAUGGCCGGAGCCAACGAAUCUGCCAUCGUCACAAUGAGACCCUCUCUCAGUAGCCGAUCUCCACAAAGAUGAAUUCAAAGCUACCAAGUAGCUGUUUAAUUGUUUUUCCAUUAACUGUCUGUAUAAUUUGUAUAUAUACAUGUUCACAAGAUUUACCUAUAAAUUAUUAAGUUUUCUUUUUUAUGAUUCUUAGUUAAAUAAUAUGUUUCGAUACGUUGGGUCGGGUACCGCAUACAACUGUGGACCAUGAAUCACGUUGAUAGCCACUAAGCAUCAUUUAGACUGAUUAUUCAACACAACAAAUAAAUAACAAUUUUGUUUA